CUCCGUUACACCAAUGGGUUAACUCUGAUGGUUCAGAAUGACCAUCGGAGAAUACAUACCGAUGUAAAUAAGAGUACUCUAAGUCAAUAUAUCUAUAUACGAUGUAAAUAUCGAUCGAUAUUUCACAGCAGAUGUGAGCACUCGUCAUGUACGUCAGUGGUAGAGGGAUAUAGACCCGGGAUAUAGAUCAGAAAAACUUUUCUGAAGGAGCUGAACGUUAGGACACGGCAUUCAGACGUGACCUUUCAAUUAGUUGAACGCCUUCAAUACAAUAUGCGGGGAAACCCGGCAGUUUCAUCCAUUGUUGGCCAGCAUUCACCUCCUCCGUUUUCGUGACACAGAUAGCCAUAUCGCACGUGCCUCACUGAAGGUCACAUCAUCAAGGAAGUAAGGGAAUUACAGAUUUCUCGGUGAUUUUCGUGUUUUCUCAUGAAUUGGACGGAUAUCCGUCAGAUAGCUGGUCAAAUAUGGAGCCAUCUCAAGUCACAGGUGACAUCUUGGUUUGGAGGCGGCCGAAGCGAUAUGAGUUGGGGAUACGGCGACUCGAAUGGUUCGGCCACAUGGCAUCAUAACUACCCACAUGCUGCUGGUUCUCAUCAAUCGCCUGUGAACAUCCAGACAGGCGACGCUGAAUGUGAUCAACAUCUCCUGCCGCUGAAACCGCAAUAUUUCCAUUCCGAGUGCACCACCCUGGUCAACACAGGCAAUGGAGUGCAGGUCCGUGCUGACAGUCAAGCACCAAAUUACAGAAUGGGAGACACUGAAUACAGGCUUGCCCAGUUCCACUUCCACUGGGGUGCCACCAGCAACGAAGGCUCGGAACAUACCGUGAACGGACGUCCGUAUUCAGCUGAACUGCAUUUGGUUCAUUACAAUUCAACGAAAUACAAAACUGCCGCUGAGGCCCUAGAUAAACCAGAUGGACUGGCUGUGAUAGGUGUAUUCAUUAAGGUGGGAAAAAGACAUCAUCACUUCCAGAAACUCUGCGACCUCCUCAACAAGAUACGCUACAAGAAUCAAAUGGUCGAUUUAUGUGAGGGAUUUGACUUGAUGGGGCUCUUACCACAUGAUCUCCAUCAUUACUGGACUUAUGCAGGGUCCCUGACCACACCACCUUGUUACCAGUCGGUCAGAUGGCUGGUGCUCAUGGAACCCAUCGAAUUCUCCGAGGAUCAGCUGGAAGCAUUCAGACAAAUGGAGCUUGUAACAGAAGAGCAAGCAGACCGUGGGGACCACGCUAGAUGCCUCCAUAACUUCAGGCCAACACAGCCCCUGAAUGACAGGAAGAUUAGCUCUUCUUUCUAGUCAGGUGAUCACAACUUGUUGGUCUACUGAUCAAAUAAAGGCAUGAAAGGAGGUGUCUGAGCUGACAUCAUGUUUUUCUGGUGACUGACCUCGGUAUCAAAAUGUAAGGAAAAUCAUGUAUCAAGUGCAUAUUUUAUCUUAUAAAGAAGUUGCAUUUUGUUGCAGGAUUUGUAAAUAGAAAUUAAUGUGACAAUAUGAAUGUUUGGUUUCAUGCAGGAAGGGUGGUUUACAAUAGUAACAGGUUUGCCAAACAAUGCACAAAAUGCUAAUUGUAUGUAAUUCCUGUCUUUUAGAGGAUAUCGCAUCCCAGCCAAAUCAUAUCAUGAAAAUAUAUGGGAUUUUUAGGCAAUAUCAGAAUUGGAAUAUAAAUAUAUGAAUACGCUGUGUUGGAUUUCUCCGAAUGGGAGCAGUUAAUAUCCUACUGGAACAAUUUGACACUUGAACUUGUAAAAAGAAAUAAACAAAGCGAGUUCAAAUGAUGCCUGGAGUCCAGUGUUAGGAUACUUGUACAGUACAUAUAGGAGAAAUUGAAUAUAUCAAAGCUGUGAUGAAACUCUCUGGUCCUAGCUGCUUCUACUAAUCCAUGUUAACUUACUGCUGAGCAGUGGCGGCCCAGUUUGUUAGUGUUCCCUCUGAUAAUGUCUCUUGGUGCAUUUGUACAUUUAUUCUAUACGUUGGCCAUCGAUGUACAUUUCAACAUUUGACUUGUUAUAUUAUAUGUACAUUUUACCGUUGACAUGUACAUUACAGUUGCCAUGAGCAUUUUGACCUUUUGACAUAUACAUUAUACAGUUGACAUGUACAUUACACAGUUGAUGUGUAUACAUUUAAGCAUUUGAUAUGUACAUUUCUUUUUGAAUGUUUGCACAAUCAAUCAGCCAACUUGUAUCAUUCAACCAAUAAUUAAAAGACCGGUAUAAAGGCAAUGUUUUCAGAGGAGUUCAUUCAGCUUAGAAACACAAAUGUUUUUCUCGUCCAAAAUGUAAAGUUCUUUGAAAUUGGUUUUGUAAAGUUAUGCUGGCACAAGCAGACUUUGAAAUGUCCUUCAAAUAAUUUGCUAUGAGAAUGUUGUACAAAUCAGUUAGACUCAACCCGACACAUACACAUAUCAUGGCAUUUAACAGUCUGUCAGUCGACAGUCAUAAGCACAACAUAUCUGCUUCAAAUUUCUGACACAGACGAUGUGAACUCACCCAUUUAUAUAGUUUUACAAUACGUGUUUGUCCCAGUUGUGACAUUUGUCUAACAUUAUAAUAUUAUUUCGUGCUCUUUAGAGAUUGCUUAGUUAUCAAUGGCUCCACCUAUGCCUUAUUUUGUUUCAUAGUGAGGACUGUAUCAUUAUCUUACAAUUCAUCGUAAUCUACAUUGUACGAGUUUGUGAAACAAAUUCAGUGAGGUCUCUUGUAUUAUGUUACGUUCCUAUCUAUCACCAUUCUGCAUGUACCUAUGAAUCAGUAUUAGUUGUAAAAACCUUUAUAGGAAAAGUUAGGUUAUCUAUCACUACUCAAUUGACAUUUUUAGUUUUGAUAAUUUGACGACAACAAGUCUGAGUAAGUAUGACUAGAUUGUGGUUUUGAGGAUUAGUUUGUGUUAUAAAUUGAGUUUUCUGAAUGAAGAAGGCUUUACACAAAGUUGAUGUUUGGAAGCAGUGCUUAAAGGGCCAAUUACAGAACAAUUGCAGAGUUUAAGGCUCAGUCAUAGGGUAUCGAGUCAAGGUUAAGUAAAUCAGUGUUUCUGGUUUUUUAGUGUAUCCCAUACACAGUUUGAAACACUGAUUUGGUUGAAAUCCUGAAAAGUUGAGGAAAUUGUUGGCUUAUCUUCUAAUAGGACUAAAUAAAUGACUUUAAAUA